AUGCCGGCGACCAGGCCUCUAGGCUGCACCUUCUUUCCAAGAUUGAUUCAAGAAUUGGCGAUCUACCAGCAAGGGUAUGUUGUAAAGAAGUUAGUGACCCAGGCGCUCGGCCAGAGCAGCCUUUCAGGAUCUGAAACUUCGGAGAAUGCCAACAGUGCUUCCAGCUGUGCCGUUGCAGGGAGCAGAACAGAACUUGCUCACGCGUCCUUAAGUCUCCUCGUCAGCCUCUCAUCGAGCAAGGCCUUUGCGCUCUUCUGUCAAGAUUACGAGGGGGUUAGCGAGAAGCUUCUGUGCUGCUUUGUGGAAAACCUCAAGUUAUCCAAGCGUCCUACAGUGGAAGAAGAUGCUUCCAACACCGCUAAAUACAUUGCGCAACAUCUUCCGGCUGCCUGCCUUGAUGGAUUGAUACUUCACGCCCGAGCUUCAGAAAUGUUUCGUCAGCUCAUUCGUGCGCAUAAGAAAGUGCUGCCCGCCGUCCUGUCUCUCUUCGAGGACGACACCAUCAAGCAUCUGAGUGAUGAGGGCAUCUCACAACUGAGGCAAGGAGUGACCAGUCUGGUUAUGGCCCUUGCUUUUGCAAAGGACAGUCAAGAGUGGAUGAUUGAGCAAGGGUACAUCCGGCUCCUGGCAAGUAUUCAGAGCCGCGAAGGUUUCGACGCGUCAAGCGCGUCCGAUCUCGUGAAGUAUCUGAAGGAGGUGAAGAGCCUGAAGUUCAGCAGGUGUGGACGCUGCACGGCUGCGUACUACUGCAGCAAAGAUCACCAAAAGCUUCACUGGCCAACGCACAAGAAGCACUGUUUCAACAAGGGUAAGAAGCAACCAUAG